UCCAGCCGCGAGCUGUCAGGCGGGUGUCAGGCCGGGCAGGUACGCGGCGCGCCCCCCGCCUGGACCGGGCGCCCCAGCACGCCGCGCCCCCACGCCGCCGAGGCCGCGCGGGCCGGAGAGCCGCCGGAGAGGCUCAGGGGUCCAGCGUAGCUGCCGGCACCAUGUCUGACAGCGAUCUGGGUGAGGAGGAAGGCCUCCUGUCCUUGGCAGGCAAGAGGAAACGCAGGGGGAACCUGCCCAAGGAGUCUGUGAAGAUCCUUCGAGACUGGCUCUACUUGCACCGCUACAAUGCCUACCCCUCAGAGCAGGAGAAGCUGAGCCUUUCUGGACAGACCAACCUCUCAGUGCUGCAGAUAUGCAACUGGUUCAUCAACGCCCGGCGGCGCCUGCUCCCAGACAUGCUUCGGAAGGACGGCAAGGACCCUAAUCAGUUCACCAUUUCCCGGCGAGGGGGGAAGGCCUCGGAAGUGGCCCUCCCCAGGGGCAGCAGCCCCUCCAUGCUGGCUGUGUCCGUGCCGGCCCCAGCCCCCACCAACGUGCUCUCCUUGUCCGUGUGUUCCGUGUCACUCCACUCGGGCCAUGGCGAGAAGCCUGUGGUCCCCUUCCCUCAGGGGGAGCUGGAGCCCCCAAAGCCCCUGGCUGCCCCUGGUAGUACACUCACCCUGCUGACCAGGGCUGAGGCUGGAAGCCCCACAGGGGGACUCUUCAACACGCCACCACCCACUCCCCCAGAACAGGACAAGGAGGACUUCAGUGGCUUCCAGCUGCUCGUGGAGGUGGCACUACAGAGGGCCGCAGAGAUGGAGCUCCAGAAGCAGCAGGACCUGGCUCCCCCAUUGCUGCGUGCUCCCCUCCCUCUAGUCUCCCAAAACCCCAAGUAGGCAUUGGCCACCAGGCUGCUGGGGGGGAGGGGCCCCCUCCCUUCUGCCCAGAGGGUUUUCUGCGAUCACUGCCAAGCAUCGGGUCAUCUCUGUCCAGAGGUCCUCAGCAGGAAGAUGCAUCGCGACCUCUGCCAACUGCCAUUGUCCAGGUCUCAGUCUGGAGACCCUGGUGCGGGAGACAGGCAUGGUGCUACUGCUGCUUCUCCAAUGUCCCUGAGAUGCCUCAUCCGGAUGCCUUUCUGGGCGGGGCUUGGAAACUGGUCAAGGCCAGGCUUUGGCUGGGGUAUGCCUCAUUCUCCGGCCAGGUUCGCACAUUCCGAGUGGGACAAGAGAUAACCCAGAGGAUGCCCCAGACCGACUCCAGUUGAAUGUUUAGGUUUUUGCUAAGCGUUUCCCUCUGUGCUGUGGUUUGUGCUGGGGGCAGUUACAUGGCGGGAGCAGGGCAUGGUCCAUGGUAAGCUGGAGGUGGCCCACCUCUGUGACUGCAGUGUAUAGGAAGGUUUUUACUUGGGGGACCAGCUAAAUCUCUGUGGCAGUGGGAAAUUCCAGAUGGUGGUUUUAUUGUUAGUUUGGUUUACCAAAUAAGGUGGCGGGGGUGGGGUGGGGAUGAAGAAAACCACAGCGGACAUUGGCUUUUCUGCACCAAGCACAGAACAGGGGAGUCCCCAAAUCUAGUGCUGAGAUGUGUAGAGCAGAAGAGAAAACCAGAGGGGUUUGUUUUGUUUUACUGUAUUUGGGGUGAGGGUUAGACUGAAGCCUAUGGGCAUAAUUUUCUUUCUCCCUUUUCAAUGUUUUCCCCUUCUGCUGUGAAGGCUUUUCCCGCAGCCUAGCUUUUGGAUUCCUUUAGGAACUUGGGGCUGGAACAUCAGCUCCCCAUGUCUGUUACUUGGGGAGUGAGCCCUCUGCUAGCAAGGAACCCUGUGCAGCCACUGCAGUAGGCACAGCCACGUGGAAGCUUCUGGAGGGCCGGCAGGGGCCUGGGCUCUACCUUCAGAGGAGACUGGACUGGAGGUGGGAUGGGUAAGCUCAUCUUGGGGGCUCUGAGUACUUUGCUUUCUUGCACCCUCCUUCAAAUUGGAGCUGCCAAGGCCCUGCCUAAAUGACCCAACAAAUAGAUCACAGUUGAUCUUCAGCUUCCCUCCCUCCUUAUUUUGCUGUUUUGUUGCUGAUAGUGUUCAACAGCAGUAUACCCCAUCUUUAUAUAUCCUAAGAAACACUAAUCCUAGGUCUUUUACUAGCCAAAAUAUUUCUGUUCUGAGUAACAUCACUGGGCCGGAAGGUUUGUGAGGGCCCCUGACGUGUGGAUUUCCAGAAGCUGGUAGGUUGGGUGUGAAGGGAAGGGAUUCCUGGGUACUGAUUUGGGUGGGCCUAGGCAGGGAGGACCCUGCUGGCCUCAGGGGCUCCCCCACCUCUCCUUACUGUGGGAUGGAGAGUUCUGCCUGCCUCCCUCUUCCUUGUACCCCAGGGGAGCAGAUCCUCACCCUCCUGUGGGGGAGGUUAGCACAGAGCUUGCAGCCAUGCCUGCCUGGGAGGCUGGAUCCUGUAGGUGACUUAGUGGCCCGACCGGGGUGGGACUUUACUUCCCCAUGGUGGUACAGGGAGCCAUGCUGCUGAAAUACUUGGCAUCCCCAUGGGUAUGAAGUGGGCAUGUUGAUAUGAGGCCGCCCCCACUUAGGUUAGGUCUGGUUGUAAGGAAAGCCUGGAGGAGCACACUUGUCCCACUCAGUUAUUUGAGCAAAAAACUACUGUAAAUAACUUUUUGUCUUUUGUCAAAUAAAGUUUUGUUUUUGUUUAAUUUUAAAACAGAA